AUGGUUAAGGACAGCAGUAAGGGAUGUGCUUCCAUAGUUAAAUAUGCGUAUUUUAAUGUUUACAUGCUUCACGCAUAUUUAGAGCCAGUGCAGUUCGAAGGGGCUGCAAAUAUGAUGGUAACGCCUUCAUCGAUGCUGAUUGGCUAUGAAUAUAGCUUGUCACAUGGAGGAAAUGUGAGAAAUUUUAAUGUAGUCAAAAGUAAUAGAAGAUUAAAAGACAGCAUUAUUGAAGAUUAUUCAGGUGUACAGAGGGGUGUUAGUGGUAAUGCCCUAGCAAAACGUGAUAAUGCAUUUGGCAUUGAAGGACUGAUCAGGCUUACUAACUCCCGACUAAGUUCUGUCAAAACCAGGUUUGAAGGCCUCUGUCUCCUCACCUUCCUAGUAGUGGACAGCCCCACUGAAUGCUUUCAGAAACACUGUCUCUCAUGGCUUCGAAGUAUUCAGCAAGUUAUGCAGUCACAGGACCCUCAACCAACACUAGAACUGGCCUCUGCUGUGCUUUACGACCUGCUGAAAUAUUCAUCACAGUUGCCAGAGUUGGCCAGGGAAAUUGCCUCAAAUCACAUUCCUGGUAUUCUCACUUCACUUUUGGGCCUUAAACCUGAGGGCCAGGUAGCUGCUUUGGAUGGAAUGAGAGCUUGUAUGACCUUUUAUCCCCGUUCCUGUGGAGCAUUACAGAGCAAGCUGGCAGACUACUUCCUGUUCAGAGUGGAUGCAGAAAAUCGUGCACUACAAGAGAUACUGUUUAUUAUGAAGGACCUGGAGUUGAACUCCCAUUUCCAGCAUUGAACCAUUGCCAUCCUUGCCAUGUAUUGCAGCUUAAACAGAGGUUCACUGGGGUUAGCAGAUGUCUCUCUCUCUUGCUCAGCACUGAGUUCUCUGUUCCUGUGAAAGUCCCAGUGCAAGAGAUUUUAAACCUUAUAUGCAGAAUUCUGAAUAUUGGCAACAAGAAUAUUAGCCUGUUGAUGGAAGGAGUCCAAAAGAUGCUAAUUUUACCUUCACUCCACAGUGAUGGCCUAGAAAUUCUUUCUUCCUUGAUUACAGCAUGUGGGAGUCGACUGGUACGAUUUGCCAGUGUGAUUUGUCGAUUGUUUCCCCAAAUCUUAACUUCAUGGAACAUGAACAGGGGAGAUGAUGCAGUCAUUGGGCAAGAAAAGGCUUACAGUGCUGUCAGAGUGAAGUGUUACAAUGUCCUGGAAAUGUGGAUUAAGGUGUCUGGAGCUGCUUCUGGAGUCCUGCAGGGAAAGUUGCACCAUUCUGACAUCCUUUUAGCUCAUCUCCUGACAGACAUCCCUCCUCCUUCCGAGACCUUAAAGCUGAAAGGCAAGCCAUUUGGAGAAAUGAUGAUGAAACCAGGCAUGAAGAAGCAGAAGCAGUUUGAUCUGAAUGAUUCCUUGCCAUUACAGAGCCACAGAAAACAAGAUCUGAUUGCAAACAGUGAGGUCUGUGAGGCAGCUCUGAGAGUCCUGAGUCGAGCUGUCAUGCUGUCUGGGAGUUCACUGAAAGAAGAUACACACAAGAAACUUCAUGAGCUGAUUGUACCACUCUUGAUUCGUAUGCCGCAAGGUCAUGAGCAGUCAGCUAGUCCAUAUCUCGCACCUGUUUGCAGGCUGGAGUUGUACCGUCUGCUGCUUUUCCUGUUGCUGGUGCCCAACCCCAGAUGUCCACCUCCACUGCAGUGCAGUCUGCGGAUCUUCAGCUUGGGCCAGAAUGAUCAUGAUAUUGAGGUUGCAUCCUUCUGUUCAGAAGCUUUGGUGAUCUGCAAUGCCAUUAUCCAUCCAAGAGUACCUUGCCUUCAAGUCCCAUUCAGUCCUGCAGCAAUUAAUCCAGCCAUGGUCAAAGUACAAAUGGUUGCUUCUGAGGCACCAGCCCAGUUCAGGCCUACCUUCCACCUGCCAUCUCCUAUGGUUAGGCCUUCAUUAAAUCACUUGGACCUGCCCUUGCAGGGUAUGACUGCAGGCCAGCAGUUAUUAUCUAGAUUGUCCACACCUUUGCCCGUACCCUUGACUACAAGUGUGAGUGUUCCAGCAAUGCCACCCUGUGUGGUAAGUAAAGAGAACCACAUAUCAGAGCAGCAGAUGGAUAUGGAUGCAGGACUUCAAGCCAUGCCACCUUCUCCUGGUGAAACCUUUGAUGAUAAAGGGCGCAGACCUGUUUUUAUCCAUUAUGACAAAGAGGAAGAAACAGAUGUAGAAAUAUCACUGGAAAGUGAUUCUGAUGAUAGUGUUGUCAUUGUACCUGAGGGACUGCUGCCAAAGCCACAGAGCACAUCUCCUUCAAAGACAGCAGAAGAGACUGAAGAGUCUGCUGCAAAUCUACCUGUGCCUGUAGCCGUCGCAUUGGAUACAGCUGUGCCUCCUACUCCGUCUCUGCCUGUAAGCCAAUCACAGCCUGUAUCCCAACCUUCUUCAGCAGAGAAUCAAGUAGUUGCCUCUCAGGCGGCUGAAGAAGACCUCACUGUUAUAAAUAUUAACAGCAGUGAUGAUGAGGAGGAAGAUGAGGAGGAAUACCCAGAUGAUUUUUUUGAAGAUGAAUAUCCUGAAGAGGACUUUGAUGGUGAAAUGGAAGAAGAUGCUGAGAUGGAAGAGGAAGAGGAGGAGGAAGAGGAGGAAGAUGAGUUGGAAAUGGAUGAGUUUGAGGAUGUGGAAGAUGAGGAAGAGUUAGAAGAGGAGGAGGAGGAGGAGGACUAUGAUGAGGAGGAAGAAGAAUUCAUGUCAGGAGAGGAGGAAGAGGAGGAGAUACAGCAGGAAAUUUCCCAACAGGUAGAAAUGUCAUUAAAAAAAGUUACAAGUUUACCAAUAGAUGAUAACCAAGAAUCUGUGUGCAAACUGCAAGAGACUAUUGCUUCACAGCAGGAUGAUGACAUGGAGGUUGAAGAAGUGAGGGUUAAUGCAGAAGAAAAGAAAAUAACUAGUGAAGUAAUAGUAAUUGAAAAGCUUGAUGAAGAAACAACGGAAAUAAAAUUAGUGGAAGAAGAGAAAAUAGAAGCUGGGGCAACUGAUGUGAAAACAGAAGCUGAACCUGAGGAGAAGGUAGAACAUGAAGAAACAGAGGAGAAUUUAGCAGCACAAAACCAGAUGGAACCAGAAAUAUUGCCACAAGAAGAGCCACCAAAAGAAGUGAGCGUGGAAGAGAUGCCGGCAGUAAAGCUAUCUGUGGAGGAGAAAUGCCAAGACUUGGAAGCAAAAGAAGAACAAAAGGAAGAAACCAAACCUGAUGAGAAGGUGGAGACUGUUCCUUGUUCAGAAGUCUGUCAUUCAAAAGAGAGUGAGCUGUUAGAGAAAUCUGUCCUGGAACAAGUACCACAAGAUGUGGCAACAGCAGCCUCUGCUGAUGUAGCAGUCACAGCUACAGAGACAGCUCCAGGGGAGACAACAGACAUGGUUGAAGUGCUCACCCCUUCUGAGGGGACUGCCCCAGUUGUGAUGGUACCUGCUGCUCCUGAGGGGACUGAAGUUACUACGGCUGAGACGGUGCCAACUGCCACAUCUGAAGUGAUAAGUGCUCCAUGUGAUGUAAUGGCAAGUGAGCCAUCAGAAACUAUGGCAGCUUCCACAGCUGAAGAAAUGCUUCUGGCAGAGCAUACAGACAAACAUCAGGAAAUGUCUGUAGUAGAUGCAGACACUUCAGUUGAAAUUAUGGUCUCUGAGAAGGUGGCAUCUUCAGAUGAAGUGAUUGAGGAAGAAUUGACUAGCAAAGAGGAAGAGAAGCCGGAUGGUGAAAUAUCUGCAAACAUAAAGGAAGCUGACGAAGAAGAAAAAAAACUGCCAGAGGAUAAUGUUGCUAAAAUGCUGUCUGAUUUUGUGGACUGUGCACCAGAUGAAGAAGAAACAGGCGUGUGUGUAUGAUCUGAAUUCCCAGAACACAGGAGCAGAAUGGCCUUUUAAGAUAAGCAGAUGGGAACAAGGCUGGUUUGGAAAAAUAUUGGACCUUGAUGGAGCAAAGCUAGUUAAUUCCAGGUACUGGUUGUGUAAGGAUUAACUAGCUGUCUGUGACAGUGCAACAAAAUAUAAAUAAGAAUACUUGACCCAUCACUGUAGCUGUGUAACCAGUGAGCUGAGGCUGAUUGGAACUCGACCGUCGUAGCUGAGUUAUUUUUAUUUUUAUUUUGGAAAAUUUUGGACAUCAAUAAAGGAUCAUAUUUCCUAGUGUGGCAUUUA